AUGGUGCUUUUCGUGUUUAGAACUGCGACUCAGAUACGACACGUCGUUUUUCGUGUUUUGGCUUCUGUGUCCAACAUAUUUACGAUAUUGCAGUUUAGCUUAGUUAUCUUGAUUGGCAGAGGGCAAAACGAGAAAAUAUUUGAGUUAUGUGAGUUUGCAAAACCGCUCAACGAACCCGUCGGAUCGAGGUCGACUUUUCCGAAUAGAGAUCUAAAUUCAUCGUCCGAAGCAGUUCAACAGAUACUUCAAGAGUGGAUCGAGGCAGCAACUGGACGCUUAUUUCACUCAUCGUUUAUCGAUUCACUAAGAGAUGGUGUUCAUCUUUGUAGUUUAAUCAAUCGCAUAGAACCGAAUCGUAUUCAGGAUGUUGUAGAAAACCCAAAUAAAGAACAAGUUUUGGAAAAUCUCCACAAAUUCAUUAGUGCAUGCAGCAGUCUAGGGCUACAUGAUUGGCAAUUAUUUGACCCUAACGAAUUUCACAAGGUUGAUGUUGGCUUUAAGAUAUCGACAUCCGAGGAUGAUGUAACACAAAAGGUUAUUAACACUCUUUAUUGGCUGGGUUGCACAUCAAACACCAUGUCGUAUUACAAUGGACCACAUUUAGAUGUAUCAAAACUACAUCGAGGUUCUGAUGGCAUUGUUACCACCAAGCAAAAUGGGUCAACACCCCAAAAUAGUUCAAGGCCAUACUCGUCAAUGUAUGGUGGAGAAGCUGAUGAUGAUGUGGAGGACACCCCACAAAUGAAUGGCAGUUUAGUGAAUGGUUAUGAGGAAAGUGGUUUCCAGUCACUCAGUCAACCAUAUGAGUUCUCAAUAAAUGUUCGAUUAAUGGGAGAUGAAAAGAGGUUUGGUUUCUCAGUAAUGGGAGGAAUUGAUGAAGGGUUUCCUCCAAGAAUUGACAACAUUGUUAAAGGUUCCCCUGCUGAAAGAGCAGCUCUGUGUGUUGGGGAUGAAUUACUGGAAGUUAAUGGAGUGCCAUUACUAACUCUUACUCAUAUGGAAGUGAUUUCUGCAAUCCACAAGUGCCUUAAGAAUAGAGUGAUAGCUCUAAAGUUUCUACGAGGAGGAGAAAGUAGCAUGCAAGGUGGAUUUUCAACAUUUUUGGAUAACUCUACACCAGUCAAUGGAGAAGACAAAGUGGACCCCACCACGCAGCAAAGAAUACAUUCAAUAAUGAGGGAUCAAGAAAAUGACCCACAAUUCCACUACUACAACUCAGAUGCCGAGACAAAUAGUGUUCAGUCUUAUGAGCAAGUCCCGCUAGACAGCUCUUCAAACUUGAGAAAUUCUAACAACUAUGAGGACUUAAUUGUAAGCCCAAAUAAUGGCGGAUUCCUUAAUGCGGAUGCAUUGCAAUCGAACUUGAGAAAAAAUAAGUCAUUGUCAACUGCUGUACUGGAUUUGAGGAAGUUAGAUACGAUUGAUGGUGAUGAAGAUCAAAUGAUGAGUCUAGAGAAUGAUGCGUAUGAUUAUGAUAGUAAUGAGAGUUCCAAUACGCCUGUUCCUUACGAACCUCAACCAGUUUCACCUGCCAGCGUACAUUCUCUCUCAACAUUUUCGCCAAAUAAGCCAGUUACGAAAGCGAAAGGAUUUGACAAAGUAAAACCUAAAAUAUCAUCAAGGAACGACAAGGAAAACGUCGUAUAUGUAGAAGAAUAUUUAGCAAAUAAAGAUGUCAAUAAUGCAAAAAAGAUAUAUGAUAAAAUUUUGGAGUUAAAACAAGAAAAAAUAGGACCAGGUUAUUCAAGACCAGAGUCAACCAAUUCAAACAACAUCGUGGCUCAGGUUUCUACGUCUAUAUCGAAUAGUCAUCCAACAAAAGACGAGGAGGAGCUGGAAAGUCUUUUAAAUUCUCCUAACAUCCAGGGUUUGUUGCUAGCUCACGAUAGGCUAGCAUUUAGGGAGGCUCUGCCUGAUGACAACGACGAUGACGAAGAAGAAAGAGAGGAAUUUCAACGACAACAUAGUAUGGAUGAUCAAAUAUCUCAAAUAGAAGACGACACAGUAAAGAUUGUCAGUAUAGACAAAUCUAAUGAUCCACUGGGUGCAACAGUAAAGAAUGAGGACGGGGCUGUAGUGAUUGGUCGUAUUGUGAAGGGAGGCGCUGCAGAAAAGAGUGGUCUGUUGCACGAGGGAGACGAAAUCAUCGAAAUCAAUGGUGUAAACAUGAAAGGCAAAAGCGUUGCGCAAGUAUGCGAACUAUUAGAAGACAUGAACGGGACACUCACAUUCCUAGUCAUUCCCAAUAAUCGAUCAUUCGGGACACUAACGCGCCAAGGAACGGUGCACGUCAAAGCACACUUCGACUACGACCCUGAUGGGGAUGAACUCAUCCCGUGUAGAGAACUGGGUCUGGCGUUUAGGAAAGGUGCUGUGCUGCAUAUCGUUAAUCAAGAUGACCCUAAUUGGUGGCAGGCAUGGAGGGCUGGAGAAGAAGGGCAAAAGCUAGCAGGCCUCAUUCCAUCAAAAACAUUCCAGCAACAGAGAGAAUCUCUCGAGCACACGUUACCAACAGAGAAGGAAUCAACUACGAAAAGCAAGAGGAGAUGCUUAUGUGUUAAGCGGAAAAAACGAAAGAAGGUUCUGUACAACGCAAUGCAUAGUGAUGGUCUUGAAGUUGAUCAAGCUCUCACUUAUGAAGAAGUUGCGUUACUUCGUCCAAACUCGUCACGCAAGCGUCCAGUUGUCCUAAUUGGACCGACAAAAAUAGGAAGAACAGAACUCAGACAAAGACUUCUAGAAUAUGACCCUGAUCGUUUUGUUGGAGCCAUACCACAUACAAGUCAACCAUUGCGUGAUGGUCACAUUAAUGGACGCGAUUACCACUUCGUAACGCGGCGAAUAUUCGAAUCUGAAAUAGCUACUAAUAAGUAUGUAGAACAUGGAGAAUAUAAUGGCCAUUACUAUGGUAUGAGCGUGGAUUCGAUACGAGCGGUGAUGAAUAGUGGUAGGAUCGCCAUUCUGAACUUACAUUGUGCGGCACUAAAAAGGUUGAGAUCCUCUGAUGUAAUGCCAUACGUUAUUUUCAUCUCACCGCCGUCUUUUGAGAGAAUCAAAGCUGUACGGAGAGGAAAGGUCGAUCCAUUUAACCCCAAAACUCAAAGAUUACUAACGGAUCUUGAGUUACAUACAAUGAUAGACGAAGGACGAGAGAUGGAAGAAGCAUUCGGGCACUACUUCGACUACACAAUCACGAACUCCGAUUUAGAACGAACAUUUAACGAGCUUCUACAACAGAUCGAUAAAAUUGAGAGAGAACCUCAAUGGUCGCCAGCUUCAUGGGCCAAAUAACUACCACUGUGUGGCAAGUACGUGGAAUUAACAGGCACCCAAGGAAUUUUGACUGGUAAAGCAUGGGUACGAGGCUAAGAGGACAAAUUACUCUUAUUCUUUGUCCUUAAGCCUCGUGUCAGUGUUUAUCAUUUUUAUAUAAGAUAUCAGUAAACGCGAUAAGAAACCGACUUGUUAUAACUAACGAAAAAUUGUUUAUUCUGUACAAAGGAAUUUUGCAAGAAAAUGAAAAUAUUAGAAAAUUGAGAAGGAUUUUUCGAUUGAUUAAAGCUAAAAUUCAGAUGUAAAAUUUUUCGCCCUACGAUUUUGGAAAUUGGAAUAUAUGGUAAUUAUAAGCUUAUUUUUUCUUUCGGUGAUUAUAUUUCUAAUGAAUUUAUACCACCACGCAGUAUCUAAGAAAGAAAGCUAGAAAUCUCGUCCUUGGAGCCUGCAUUCCUCCUGUUCAGCAGCUAGGAGAAACCGAUCCUCGUUGCUGACCAUGAGCACUGCAGUCUCAAGAAACGAGCUGGAAAAAUUAAGAUUAAUAAAUUAACUUUGUAUUUUUACGUAAAAUCUUUAUGGCUCAUUGCGCAUUAAUGGCCUUUUUUCUCGGGUUAGAACAUUUAAAAAAAAUACAAAGUGAAUCGCCCUAUUUUGUCUAGGAACUUUGGGGCAUUUCUUUUGUAUUUCCCAAUGUCGCAGUAAGAAUAUAGUUCAAAGAUUUAUAUACUGCCCAAUCGCGGUAAAAGGCCUGAGAUUAUUAGCCAUUCCGAGGUUGAGGAAAAACUGGGUCGAGUUGGCAUUGUGGUGCAUUGUGGGACUGUUUUAGGGAACAUUUCCAAGAUGGCGUCUAUUUUGUCUCCUUAAACAACUACGAUACCAAACUUGACCCAGGUUUUUUCCUCAGCCUCGGAACGACUAAUAUUUCUUUUCCUUCUGGGACUCUUUGCAUGAAUACGUACUUUUCCAUUUUAAGUCCAAAAUAGACACCUUGAUUGGGUAUCAGGACAGCUCAUUUAAUACUCCCAUUUUGUAUUCGCCUAUGCUCAGUCUUAUCCUCGAUUGUGUACACAAUUAUGUUCUUUUCGUUUAUUAAAGUUCAUUGUAUGUAAGGAAUGUACCAACUACGGAACAAUACAAGUUGAUUAAAAUGCCACAGAUUUUGGUUGCAUAGCUGAUUAUUUUAUCGCACAACCGAGGCUAAGGCUGAGCAAAAGAGAACUCAAAACUGGAGUGAUACAAUAGAACGAAACAAAAAAGAAUACAAUAGGUUUGUGGUACAUGCAGAAGGACCCCAAAUAUGGAAGAGAGCACUUAAACUAUUUAGGGCCUGUUUCCUUGAAGGUAGGUACUAAGAACAAGUCCUUGGCUUUUUCUUCCCGAGGACAUUACCAAAAGCAAAAGACUUACCCAGGAAUCAGGUUCGCCUUACUUUCACGUAAAUGGUGCCUUAAGGUGAUGUUACACGAGAGGAUUUUAAGCAAAAAAACUAUUGCUUCAAAGUUAGCCUCGAGCGCGCCGCUACACGAAUAGUCCCCUUCACAGUUCCCUGCGGCAUCUUGAAAGGUAGCCGGGCCUUUGCAUCGAAGCGAGACGAACGGUGAGCUUUCAAUGAUAGAGACCUUUUUAACACCUUGGACAAUUAUUCACAGGUCUCUAUCAUUGCAAGCAAAGGCCCGGCUACCUUUCAAGAUGGCGCAGGGAACUGUGAAGGGGACUAUUGAUGGCAACGAGAUUGUGAGUUUUGAAGGCUGGAACAUAAUUCCGUUAAAAAGCGUAACCGCGCGUCAUUUUACACGAAAAAAAGGUUUUCGCGCAACAAUCGUCGUUGGGAAUCGCCUCGUGAAAGAGCACUUUACCCAAAGUUACUCAAAGAGUUCUCUCAAAGUCGAGGGUAAAAGCUAGUAAAUUUUGAAGUCGUUACGGCGGCAUCCACUAUCAUAUUCAAAUAUACAUUCCAUAAUAUUAUGUUCAUUUAUAUAACGCAAGGCAAAAUUAAGCAAACUGAAAUCGGUUUGAACCUGCAAAAUAUCAACUGUUAUAUUUCAGGAAAAUCUAUUAACAUAUUUUUCGAUUGCACGUUACGUCAUCGCGGCCAUGUUGGUGCCCUUCAACAAAAGAUUUCUCAUUAGCAUCCAUUGUUAACGGCACCACAAUGGCCGCCAUGCUUUUGUCUUUAAACUCUCUUGGGAAUGCUUGCAACCCAUCAAUUCUUUAUGUUUUGGUGAUUUCCGUUUUCGACUAUACCCCAUGGAAAGAUUAAAAAGUAUGCCAAAUGAAAUGUUGGCAAAAUUUCAAAGACGUGCUCUUUCCCACAUUUCCCAAAGGAUUCGUGUUUGUUACUAGUCUUACUUAGAGCCUCGAAAAAGAAAAUUUCAUCGCUCUUAAGUAAAAUUCAAACCGGUUUCUUAUCGAGACUUUAUUAUUGGGAUUUCAUAACAUUCUUCGUUUUGGUCGAGACUUUAUUUCUUGGUAAAAAAUUGAUUCCUUUCAAAAUCCUUAUUCAUUAACGUUAUUUCUUACUUUGAUUGGUUUAUCGUAUGCUUUUUGCCUUUUCCAAAGCCUGCAUUCCCUUUGGUCCGCGGUAUAAGAACCGGAAGUGAAUUACUGCGAAGACACACGGAACAUGGGCUUUGAGAAUCAAACCAGCAUUUUUAUUCCUAUGCUUAAUGUCAUUCACAACAUUAUCGUAAUAUAUUCCAAUGUUUAUUAAACACACUCAAUGCUUUUUAAUAAUAUUUCUGAGGUAUAUUUCUGCAGCUCUACAUUGUAUGAUUGGUCGAUAAAGCAAUUAUUUUCUAUCGCACUUCUGCAUUAGUGAUUUAGUGACAAAUGCUCCGAUGUAGGACGCAAUAGACCCCGUGCAUGUGACGUCAAAGCAGCUCAAUUCAGAGGACAAAACAAAUUUCAAUCUCCUGAGAAUUGGAAACCUGUUGUUUUUCCUCCAAAUUAAGCUGCAUUCCGAAGUGCUGCAAGGGGUUUGUAGCCUGCGUUGAUUGGUGAUUUGCAGUUGUUCCCCCUUGCAGCAAAAAAUACCACAGACCUCCAAGCAACGCAGGCGAAGGCGGCGGCUAAACGAUAAUUCUAAUGCAGUUGUCUAAGGAAGAAAAGUGCAAUCGACUGGAAUUGGUGGGCAUCUUUAAAAAAUUGUUUUGCCGCCGCAAAAAUUACCAAAAAAAAAACACCAAUGCUGAUCUGAAUUCGACUCGAAUAAUAGAUGGUGGUGAUGGCAAUUUGAUUGCUCACUAGACUUGACAGGUGCACACUUCUUAGCUUCUGUCAAGAUAUUAGUCAAUAACCGCGUAUAAAGCACGCAUCAUGAUCGUACGAUUUUUCCACAAAAAGGCCCAUUAUUUUGGUCCUGGCAUAGACAUGGGGCAUUACCCAACACCGUAGAAACGUAGUUGCAGUAUUUAGUAUAGUAGAUAUUUUUAUACCUAGCAUUGCCGUACACGACGCAAAAAGAGAUAUUUAUGUGCAUUUCUACAAUCUUUUUUUAUACAUAUCUAACAGCAUAUAGUUUACAAAUGCGAUUUUCCAUUUAUUAGAUAAGAUUGGGUAGUUUGAGCGGAGCUGUGGCUCCUAAAUGGCUUCCGCUUUAGCUAUUAACCAAUCAAAGGGCGAGAACGUGGCCGCGUAGGACAGCAGCGAAAAGAAAAUGUUAUACACUGACAGAAGCAGAGUCAACCUUACGCAAAUAGAUUUUAAUAAAAGGAAGUAUGAUUUGAUAUUUUGACAAGUUUACUGAAAUUACUCUAACACGAAUUUGGAGAGAAAUAGACGCCUUGCAGCACUCUGGAAUGCAGCUCAAUCUGGGGGACAAAACAUACUAGGUUCCAAUUCGCAGGAGUUUGGAAUUCUUUUGUUUUGUCAUCCAGAACGAACUGCUUUGACGUUACAUGCAAUGGGUCUAUAGAUAAAUAAAUGAAUGCCACUUGAAUUUUAAAAAAAUUAAACCACUCAAGUAAUCACAGAGAAAGUGAGUAAUAAAAACUUUUGUCACACAUUA